AUGCUGUCUCGCAUUCGUUUCCGAGCGGAAGUUAUAUUCAGGUUUAUUCCUGAAAGUAGUCAGAUAUCUAUCUAUCUAUCUAUCUAUCUAUCUAUGUUCUUUAUGAAUCUAUCUAUCUCAGUGUGUUCAUAUCUAUCUAUCUAUCUAUCUAUCUAUCUAUCUAUCUGUCUGUCUCAGUCUGUUCAUAUCUAUCUAUGUGUGCUAUAUUUAUUAUCUAUCGAUCUCAUCAAAAGUUUUUGUUUGCGUUUGUUUUUUUCUUUUAUCUUUCUUUCUUUCUUUUUUCUUUCUUUCUUUCUUUCUUUCUUUCUUUCUUUCUUUACAUCUAUAUUUCUAGACAACUGCAUUCUUUACUAUUUUCCUCUUUUUUCUUCCGCUUUUCUAUGCAAUCUUUUUUUCUUUUAUUCCUCUUUCUUUUUUAAAAGGUUUUAUAUUUUUCAUUUUUUUUUUCAGGCCAUUCCGGUUGAACAUUUUCACGUUUUUGUUUCUUUUUCUCCCCCAACCCAUUUUUUUCUUUCAACAGUUUACCUUUCUUUCUUUGUUUCUUUGUUUCUUUCUUUCUUUCUUUCUUUCUUUCUACACUUUACUUUUCUUUUUAUUUAUUUAUUUGUUUAUUUAUUUAUUUAUAAACUUUACCUUUCUUACUUUUCUUCUUCUUUCUACACGUCAUCUUUCUUUCUUUCUACCCUUUACUUUUCUUACUUCUUUCUUUCUACACUUUACCCAUCUUUCUUUCUAUACGUUACCUUUCUAUUCCUUACCUUUUUCUUUCUUUAUUUCUUUCUUUCUUUCUUUCUUUCUACAUUUUAUAUUUCUUUCUUUCUACGCUUUACCUUUCCUUCUUUCUUUAUUUAUUUCCUUAUUUAUUUAUACACUUACCUUUCUUUCUUUUCUUCUUUCUUUCAACACGUUAUCUUUCUUUGUUUCUACACUUUACCCUUCCUUCUUUCUAUACGUUACCUUUCUAUUCAUUACCUUUUCUUUCUUUCUUUCUUUCUUUCUUUCUUUCUUUCUACACUUUAUAUUUAUUUCUUCCUUUCUUUCUACACAUUACUUUUCUUUCUAUCUUUCUUCCUGGCUUUAUUUAUUUAUACACACGUUAUCUUUCUUUCUUUAUUUAUUUAUUUAUACACGUUACCAUUCUUUCUUUUCUUCUUUAUUUUAACACAUUAUCUUUCUUUCUUUCUACACUUUACCUUUCUUUCUUUCUUUCUUUCUUUCUUUCUACACUUUACUUUUCUUUCUUUCUUUCUUUCUUUCUACACAUUACUUUUCUUUCUUUCUUUCUUUCUUUCUUUCUUUCUUUCUUUCUUUCUUCCUACACUUUACUUUUCUUUCUUUCUAUCUUUCUUCCUGGCUUUAUUUAUUUAUACAAUUUACCUUUCUUUCUUUUCUUCUUUCUACACUUUAACUUUCUUUCUUUCUACCCUUUACUUUUCUUACUUCUUUUCUUUCUACAUUUUACCUUUCUUUCUUUCUUUCUUUUUUUAUUUAUUUAUUUCCUUUCUUUCUCUCUCUCUCUCUCUUUCUCCCUUUCUUUCUUCCUCUCUUUCUUUAUUUCUGUGUUUCUUUCUUAAUAUCUUCAAAGUCUUUCUUUCUUUCUUUCUUUCUUUCUUUCUACACUUUACCUUUCCUUCUUUAUUUAUUUCUUUAUUCAUUUAUACACUUUACCUUUCUUUCUUUUCUUCUUUCAUUCAACACGUUAUCUUUCUUUCUUUCUACAUUUUACUCUUCUUUCUUUCUAUGCUUUACCUUUCUAUUCCUUACCUUUUUCUUUCUUUCUUUUUUUUUUCUUUCUUUCAUCUUGCAUCCCUUCUUUCUUUAUUUCUUUCUUUCUUUCUUUCUUUCUUUCUACACUUUAUAUUUAUUUCUUCCUUUCUUUCUACACUUUACCUUUCAUUCUUUCUAUUUUUUUUCCUUGCUUUAUUUAUUUAUUCAUUUAUACACGUUACCAUUCUUUCUUUUCUUUCUUUCUACCCGUUAACUUUGUUUCUUUAUUUAUUUAUUUAUUUAUUUAUACACGUUACCAUUCUUUCUUUUCUUCUUUCUUUCUACACGUUAUCUUUCUUUCUUUCUUUUUUUUCUUUCUUUAUUUAUUUAUACACGUUACCAUUCUUUCUUUUCUUCUUUCUUUCUAUACGUUAUCUUUCUUUCUUUCUUUUUUUUCUUUCUUUUAUUUAUACACGUUACCAUUCUUUUUUUUCUUUUUUUUUUCUUAAAUUUCUUUCUUUCUUUUUUUUUUUCUUUAUUUAUUUAUUUAUUUCGUUACCAUUCUUUCUUUUUUCUUUUUCUUUCUUUUAA